AGCACGCUGCUAUACAGCGUUUUCGCCCAAGGAAAUCCUAAAUCCGAUCGGACACGGAGUUUAAAAAAAGGUCUCGCCUGACAUGAAACGUUAUCCUGCUUUUGACACUGUUGAGAAAAGGGCUGAAUAAUUCAUAGGAGCCACAAGUUGCUCUCAGCAGCAGGUGGAUUUAAAUGCAAUGACAAUCGUGGGAAUGUUUGUGCCAAUGCUACACCUUCAUGUUUUACAGUGUUAUCCUUCAGGAGAGCUUUAAUCGGCAACCAUGUACGCACAAGGAGGACUUCCUGGGCCCCCAGGCAUCGCCCCUGUGAUCCCUGCUUAUAGCGUCGAUCCUCACGCCAACUCUUUCUCAAAUGGACAGGUUCCCUUGCCCCCAGGUUUUGUGACCCCUCAUGUACCUGCCAUGAGGUCUUUUCCACCAGGGUAUGUGCCACCUCAGAUACCCUCGAUAAUGCCUGUCCUUCAAGGACCACCAGGAUGCCCGCCUGGUCUGGAGUACUUAACCCAGGUUGACCAGAUCCUUGUCCAUCAGAAGGUGGAACUAAUCGAAGCUCUUAUGGGUUUUGAAACCAACAACCAGUAUGUUGUGAAAAACAGCCUUGGACAGCAGCUAUGGCUCGCCAUCGAAGAGAACGACUUUUGUACACGGAUGGUAUGCGGUCCUGUGCGCUCUUUCGUCAUGCGACUCCAGGACAAUGUGGGAAAGGAAGUGCUCACCCUCACACGGCCUUUAAAAUGCAGCAGCUGCUGGUUUCCAUGCUGCCUCCAGGAGAUGGAGGUCCAGGCUCCUCCUGGCACUGCUAUCGGAUAUGUGACGCAGGACUGGCACCCGUACCUCCCUAAGUUCACCAUCAGGGACGAGAGGAUGAGCGGUGUGCUGCGGAUCGUCGGACCUUUCUGUGACUGUAACUGCUGCUCGGACGUCAUUUUCAAGGUCACAUCCCUGGACGAGGCUUCGGUAAUCGGUAGGAUAAGCAAACAGUGGGCAGGCUUGGACACCGAAAUGUUUACGGAUGCAGAUCAUUUCGGUGUCCAGUUUCCCAUGGAUCUGGAUGUGAAAAUAAAGGCUGUCGUAUUGGCUGCUUGUUUCCUCAUUGAUUUCAUGUUUUUUGAGCAUUCACCAAAACAAGAAUGAACCUCAUUAAUUUAUUAAGGAUAAAAGAAAUCCCUGUGUAUGUGAAUGUGUAUGUCAAGUUGACAGAUUUUUUUGAAUUACGUAUUUAUUAAAUUACUGACACUUUCAUUACUACAAGAUAAUAUUCUCGCACAGGAAAUGGAGUCAAAAGCGCAGAACCCGAUAGAUCACAAACCACACUGUCUGUCCUGCCACUUCCUGGAAGAUCCUACAUCCAUUAAUGGCUAUAAUUCUUCAGUGGGCUGUUGCUUUGCAAAAAUACUGCAUAAAAUCCAACCACGAAACCCCACCAAGCAGAUUUGAUUUGAGUGGUCGUGUGUGUGUGUGUGUGUUUGUGUGUGUGUGUGUGUGUGUGUGUGUGUGUGCUGUCUGUACCAUUUGUUUAAUGGAUGUCCUGUAUGAGUUCAUAUCCAGUGAUCACAUUACAUGUCCAUUUGACCAUAAAUUAUGCUAUCUUGUCCCUGCUUGUUCUUCUGUAAUCUUACAGUACAAUCCCACUUAGAGUCCCACUAUGACAUGUCCUGCGGCUGAAAUGAAUUUGACGGCGUUUUACUAGGCGAUUCACAUCCAACAUGAAAUCCGCCUUUUGUGCAUUAGCUAUUGUGCUUGUGGAUUAAUUCAUAACUUAAUAUGUAGGAAUCGGAGUGUAGGAACAAAAGAUAUCCAUUAUGUUAGCUAGCCAGGUGAACCUUUAGCAGUUUAUAUAGUAGCUGCCUAAGUAGCUUAAACUCAGAAUUAACAGUUCAGGAGCACUUACGGGUUCCUUCAUAUAUCGCUCGUAUGUUAUGUCAGAGAGCUUAUAGGGCAUCGAAUUUAGUUUUCUCCAAUAGAAAGACAGCUUUUAGUGAUUUGUGAUAAAAUGUUUCUCGAUAAAACAGCAUCCUAUAACCUAUAGGGCACUCUGUCACAGUUUUUCCACUCAGAGCAACCCACCAUUUGUUCUCGCACCCUAGAGGGCACUUUAUCGUAUUUCCCGCACAGCAUACAUGGUUGCAUUGCAUCACACUUUCUCAAUGGCAAGGGCACUCUAGAGGUUACUAGAGGGUACUUUAUUGUGUUUCCUUACAUGUAGUAAGAGCCCAUAAGACACUGUGUCUUGGUAUCCUGCACUGAAAUGGGCAAAGGGUUUUCUUUCUAUAGGGCAUUCUCUGCAAAGGCACCCUAGAGGGCACUUUAUCAUGUUUUCUCACAAACAGUAAAAUCUUUCUAUCUAUAUAUUUGAAAGGGUAGUCAUUAGGGCACUAAAUCAUGUUUUCUCCAGUGUAAGCACAGCAUAGAGAGUAUUUUAUCAUGUUUUCCUGAUCAUAGGGUCACUCUUUAGGGCUUUAGGUGGCCGUCAGCAACGUGUCCAUCACGUCGGCUCCGUUUCUCCACUUACAUGUCUAGCUACACCCUUUUGCUCUCGAGCUUUUUAUUAUUGUAGUUAAUAUUUCACUCAUAAUAGAGUAAAUGAAAUCUAAUCUGAUCUAAACUAAUGUAUAGGCAAACAAACACAUACACACGUAUACCAUUGCUCCUAGGAGGAAGGACAUCUCGUGGGAUUUCCCUCUCCGUUGCUUGAGCUACCUCUAUUGUCUGGUGUGACAUGAUCUAACAGAGCUUAAAGGAACACACACACACACUCUCUCUCUCUCUCUCUCUCUCUCUCUCUCUCUCUCUCUCUCUCUCUCUCUCUCUCUCUCUCUCUCUCAGCCAGCACAUCUUUCUAAUAGAUUAAAAAGUAUUGACGUAAGACAGACAUAGAGCAUAUUUGUAAGUCUAUCUCCUCCCCCUUCCGUGUGGGAGUUGCCAUCCAGUGCCUGGUGCAAAGCAUCGAGAUAAUUGUCUCUGCGGAAGCUUUCUGGAUUGCUGUAACAGCAGAAGAGAGUGAGGCAAUGUCAUGAACGUAUGGUGGAAAUCUACCAGUUGUGCUGUUGCUCAUCCUUCCUCUGCUUUGCUCUCCAUAAGGAAUCUACAUCUACUGACUAAAAG